GCAUUUACAUUGUGUUAGGUACUAUAAGUAACGUAGAGAUGAUUUAAAGUAUAUAGGAAGAUGUGCAUAGGUUGCAUGCAAAUACUAUUAUAUCAGGGACUGGAGCAUCCAAGGAUUUUUGUAUCCAAGGGGCAUCCUGGAAUGGAUACAGAGGAACAACUGCGGCCACUUUAUAUCACAUUUAAUAUUGAGUGAGAAAGGAAAUUACUCCAUGCAAGAUUCUUCCUACAGUUCAUUUUCUGAGAGGAAAGAGCACUUCUCUGGUCCAGGGAGAUGGAAAUGUGUCUCACAGCCUGAGGAGUCUCUGUCUGUCUUUAAAAUGAGAGCCAGUGAGAUUCAUUAUACAGAGUUUUGUUUUCUUGCCAUUGCCUCCUUCAAGGUUUUGCUCAAAUCUCACCUUUUCAUGAGGACCACCCUGACUCCUACGAUACUGCAGCCUGGCCACCCUCAAACCCCCCCUUUUAUGUUGCUCAACUUUUUUAUUUUGUCUGUUGCGCUCGUCUCCUAAUAUACCGUAAAAUUGUAGUUUAGUGUCUAAUAAUUUAAGCUCCAUGAGGGCAGGGAUCUCACCUGUUUUGUCCAAUGACGUAUCCCAACUAAAUGAAAGAGUAGUAGUUAGCAUCGGUGCCCAGUAUUUAUCUUUCUGAGGAAUGAAUCUAUAUUCACAUGCCAUUGUUGAACACAUGGAAAGCUACAUGCUAUGGAGGGUUGAGCAUAAUCAGCGUUUCUCAAGAGAACAAUUUCUCUUUUCACUGGACAUUUGCAUGGUGACACUUAACCUCAAACACUUGUGGAUUGUGCAUAUGAGUGUUUUUGCCCACAGCUCUCCUUGUGUCUAAUGCAAUGAGCAGAGCGAGGUCACUCUGCAGAUAAAUUUGUUUUCCAAAGGGGAACUUUGCCCGCUAAUUUAAGGCAGCCACAUAAUCUGACUUACAGGCUCAGUCGUUUCUCAUUUGCCAUCUGGCAAUUUAAUUCCUUUAAAAUAAAGCUAUAUAUAGAAUGAAAGAACACAAGUUGGAAAUCUGAUAAUAUGUGUGAUAAGAUGGUAAUGUUUCUAUUUGUUUUUUGUUUUGUUGUUGAAAAAAUAAAGCGCAUAGAAAGACUCGAGAAGGAAUCAUUUCAAAGCUUUCCCUAGACAGAGCCCCUUACAUAAAUUUUAUUCUUUGACUAAGAGCCUUUGUUAUAAACUAAAUGUUUUGAAUUAGUGGAUUAUUACAUUUUUCCAUUGAGUUAUAAGUCUGGCCCAAAGCUAUGAAAUAAGAGGUUGUCAAAAUUGUUUCAAAAGUGUUUGGCCAUGAAGUGGAACGGGGCUGAGAUGUGAGGAAGCUUCUUUUCCUUUUUCCCUUUUCAUAGUAUUUCCUGAUCUAUAUUCUUUUUUUCUCCUAUCCCUUUACCCCUGGAAUAUGUUUUUCCAGUGCCUUCUUACACUCUGUUUCUGAUUUCUCCAUCUCUGCUUGUGCUUCCCUAGUCCUCUGUGGUUAAUUGCAAAUGGGCAAAAGAACCAGCACUCUAGAUGGUAUAUUCAAGUUAAAGAGUAACUCAGAUAAUGUUUGUUUGAGACGACUGUGAGGGAAGGGCGAUUAUGGAAUUCUGAAAACCAGGAGCUUAGGUGACAAUUACAUUUAAAAUAAAGAUUAAAGUGAUCAGGGUACUUUAUCUAAUUUCUCGUUUGUAGUGGGAAAGUUGUGGUUUUUUGGUGGUUUCUUUUUUUUUCCUUGAUUGUUGUGGCAGCUAGAUGCAAAUAACAUCACGCUUUGGAACACACAAUGCUGAUUCUCAAUCACUGGCAAAGAAGGGUGAGAAGACAGGGCAUCCUAAUUUGCACAAAAAUGCAACCAAGUCAUCAUUUGCAGCUCCUUGGAGAUUCCAUUCUAAAGUUUUACUGCUUGUACAAGUUCCUUUGGUAUGGGAGGCAGAGCCUGGGGCGUGGUUGUGAAACAAUAGUUUGGCUUUUUUACCCCCUAAAUCAGUUCAAAUCUGAUAUACCCUGAAUUAACUGGAAUUGCUCUCAGACUUGGCAGCUCCUGUAAAAGAUCUGGAUGUUCAUAGUGGCUUAGUGAAAUGGGGAACACAUUUGUUUCAUCUUGACUUCCAUAGAGGAGAAUCUGCACUAUUUUUGUGGGCUCAGAGAGGGGGAGCUUCUGAUCUGUUGGAGAGAAAACUGAAUGAAUGGGCACUGAGGCAGAAAGCCUGAUGUGGCUGUCAUGCAAAUAAGAACCGUGAUUGGCUUUCCCUUUCUUUCUGCGCACGAUGUCACUGGCUGCUCUCAGCCUUAAAGAUUAGGUUUCAGUAGGAGUUUUUCAGGUUCAAGGACUGUUAAUGGUUUGUAACUGCCUGACAAUAUGCUCAACCUCAAAGUUACAUCAGCCUGGGCAGAUGUCUAAGGAUAUGAGACCAGGGAAGAAAAGUUAGAAUCUGGAGCAGGACGAAGCUUGCCACCUGCCUCAUGGGCUGAGCUUUUAAUGUGAUUUACAUUUCUAAGCUCUAUGUAGGUGCCCUGGAAAUGGUGGUCUUCAUUAAUGCAAAGAUUAAGUCUUUAAUUAAACUUUUUAAGAAGAAAACGGUUUCCAACCUAGAUGAGGAGAGCCGAUGGACAGUCCACUACAGCGCCCCAUGGCACCAGCAGGAGAAUGUGUUCCUUCCCACCACAAGACCCCCCUGCGUUGAGGACCUGCACCGCCAAGCCAAGCUCAAUCUCAAAUCAGUAUUGAGGGAAUGUGAUAAGUUGCGGCAUGAUGGCUACCGCAGUUCUCAGUACUACUCUCAGGGACCCACCUUUGCGGCCAAUGCCAGCCCACUCUGUGAUGAGUACCAAGACGAAGAUGAAGAAGCAGAUCAAAAGUGUUCUCUCUCUUCAUCAGAAGAAGAAAGAUUUAUUUCCAUCAGGAGACCUAAAACACCAACCUCAAGUGACUUCUCCGACCUUAAUACUCAGACGAACUGGACCAAGUCGCUUCCGCUGCCAACACCAGAAGAGAAGAUGCGACAGCAAGCCCAAACAGUCCAGGCUGAUGUGGUGCCUAUUAACAUAACUGGGGAGAAUUUCGAUCGCCAGGCCAGCCUUCGGCGGUCUCUAAUUUACACAGACUCUCUGGUAAGACGACCGAAGAAAGUCAAAAGGAGAAAGACUAUUACAGGAGUCCCUGACAACAUACAGAAGGAGCUAGCAUCAGGCACUGGCCAAGAUGAUGUCGAUGGUCACUCAGUGCACACCCCCGAUCACUACUCUGCGCUAGGAAGGUUCGAUAGCUAUCGGUCUGCUGGGCAGCGCUCAGAAACUAGGGACUCCAGCUGUCAGACGGAGGAUGUGAAGGUCGUACCACCUUCCAUGAGGAGAAUCAGGGCACAGAAGGGGCAAGGCAUUGCUGCCCAGAUGGGCCACUUCUCAGGUUCUUCUGGCAACAUGUCUGUGCUGAGCGAUUCUGCGGGGAUCAUAUUCCCUUCCCGCCUCAACAGUGAUGCUGGCUUCCAUAGUCUUCCGCGUUCUGGAGUGAGGGCAAACAUUCAGUCUCUUGAGCCGAGGCUGGGUGCCCUGGGCCCUGCAGGAGACAUGGAUGGCACAUUCCUCUACCAGGGAGGUCACCCACAAGCAGAUGAAAACUUAGGCCAUUUAGGAGGUGCCUCAGAGACUGGAACACUUUUGAGACCCAAAUCCCAAGAGCUGAGACACUUUGAGAGUGAAAAUGUAAUGAGCCCAGCAUGUGUGGUUUCUCCUCAUGCAGCCUACUCCACCAGCAUCAUCCCAAAUGCCACACUGUCUUCCUCUUCCGAGGUCAUCGCUAUUCACACUGCUCAGAGUGCAGGGCAGCGGGAAAGUAGAAGUUCUGGCUCAUCACAUGCAAGGAUAAAACCCAGAGACCACCUUAUCUCCAGGCAUGCUGUGAAAGAUGAUCAUCAGUCUCCCGGGCGCCACUGGAAUGAGGGUCACACCACCAUUCUUUCACAGGCCUUAGACCCUCAUUCCCCUGGUGCAACCACACUGUUGUCCCUCUGUGACUCGGCAGUCUCUCUAAAUGCUCCAGCAAAUAGGGAGAAUGCGUCCCAAGCCAUGCCGUAUAAUUGUAGAAACGACCUAGCCUUCCCAGCCCACUCCCAAGAUGUGGAUGGCAAGAGUGAAUCUAGUUAUUCAGGGGGUGGAGGGCACAGCAGCUCGGAGCCCUGGGAAUACAAGUCCUCAGGUAAUGGAAGGGCAUCCCCCCUGAAGCCGCAUGUAGCAACUCCUGGCUACUCCACUCCCACAAGUAACAUGAGCAGCUGCAGUUUGGACCAAACGUCCAACAAAGAGGAUGCUGGGUCGCUGUAUUCCGAGGACCACGAUGGCUACUGCACAUCUGUGCACACUGACUCUGGACAUGGAUCUGGGAAUCUGUGCAAUAGCAGUGAUGGCUUUGGGAACCCCAGGCACAGCGUGGUCAAUGUUUUUGAUGGAAGAGCUCAGAAAAACCAAGGGGACCGGUCCAAUUACCAGGAUAAAUCCUUAUCGAGAAACAUCUCUUUGAAGAAAGCAAAGAAGCCUCCCCUGCCACCCUCCCGGACAGACUCCCUCCGCAGGAUUCCCAAGAAGAGUGGCCAGUCCAACGGGCAGGUGCUCAACGAGAGCCUGAUCGCCACACUCCAGCACUCGCUGCAGCUGAGCCUCCCAGGCAAGGGUGGCAGCUCGCCCUCCCAGAGCCCCUGCAGUGACUUGGAAGAGCCCUGGCUGCCCCGCUCCCGGAGCCAGAGCACGGUCAGUGCUGGCAGCAGCAUGACUUCCGCCACCACCCCCAAUGUCUACUCCCUGUGCGGGGCCACACCAUCGCAGAGUGACACGAGCAGUGUCAAGUCAGAGUACACGGACCCCUGGGGUUACUACAUUGACUACACAGGCAUGCAGGAAGAUCUGGGGAACCCAGCAGGGGGCUGUUCAACCAGCAGCGGGGUGCCCACUGGGAACGGGCCAGUCCGCCAUGUCCAAGAAGGGUCCAGAGCCACAAUGCCUCAAGUGCCCAGUGGUUCAGUCAAACCAAAGAUCAUGUCACCAGAGAAGUCCCACAGAGUCAUUUCUCCAUCCAGUGGGUAUUCCAGCCAGUCGAAUACACCCACAGCACUCACCCCUGUGCCUGUGUUUUUAAAAUCAAUGUCACCAGCAAAUGGGAAGGGGAAGCCCAAGCCCAGGGUACCAGAAAGGAAGUCCUCUCUGAUAUCUUCAGUAUCCAUUUCCUCGUCGUCCACUUCUCUUUCCUCUAAUACUUCUACUGAAGGAAGUGGCACUAUGAAGAAACUGGAUCCAGCCGUGGGCUCUCCCCUGGCUCCUCCUCCUCCUAUUCCCUCUCCUCCACCCCCUUGUCCUGCAGACAGGUCUCCUUUCCUUCCUCCCCCACCUCCUGUCACAGAUUGCUCCCAGGGCUCUCCUCUGCCUCACUCUCCUGUGUUCCCCCCUCCGCCGCCAGAAGCUCUCACUCCCUUCUGCUCCCCACCUGAUUGGUGCCUUUCUCCCCCGCCCACUGCACUGAGCCCGCUUCUUCCAGAUUCACCUGUGUCCUUGCCAUUGCCCCCACCUCUCUUACCUUUCUCGGAGCCCCCACCCGCCCCACCUCUUGACCCCAAAUUCAUGAAAGACACCAGGCCGCCUUUCACAAAUUCUGGCCAGCCAGAAUCCUCCCGGGGAUCCUUGAGGCCGCCUUCUACCAAGGAGGAGACCAGCAGGCCCCCCAUGCCCCUGAUAACCACGGAAGCAUUGCAGAUGGUGCAGUUGAGGCCAGUGAGAAAGAACUCAGGCACCGAGGCAGCACUGUUGUCUGAACGAACAGCUCAGGAACAACGAACUCCAGUUGCUCCACAGUACCACUUAAAGCCAUCUGCUCUCCUGAAAUCCCGAAAUAGCACAAAUGAAAUGGAGAGUGAAAGCCAGCCUGCCUCUGUGACAAGCUCGCUUCCGACGCCUGCCAAGAGCUCGAGUCAGGGUGACCAUGGCAGUGCGGCCGAGCCCGGCGGCCCUGUGAGCCGCAGCCCUGGAGCUUUGAGCGCUGGGGAGGCAGAGGCUCGGCCCAGUCCCAGCACCACCCCACUCCCAGACUCUUCACCCAGGAGGAAGCCACCCCCCAUUUCCAAGAAGCCCAAACUGUUCCUGGUGGUACCACCUCCGCAGAAAGAUUUUGCAGUGGAGCCCGCAGAGAACGUGAGCGAAGCCCUUCGAGCCGCGCCCAGCCCCACGAGGGGAGAGGAGGGCUCUGUGCACAGCAGAGAGGCAAAAGAGAGUUCUACAGUCCAAGCUGGCUCUCAUGCCACGCACCCUGGCACCUCGGUUCUUGAGGGAGGAGCUGCAGGAUCCGUGUCUCCCAGCAGAGUGGAAGCCAAUGUCCUCAUGGUUCAGCCCGAUGUCUCACCAGCCCCCAAGCAGGAGGAGCCAGCUGAGAACAGUACGGAUGCUGGGGGCGAUAGGGAGAGCUGCCUAUCUCAACAGGACGGAGCAGCUGGGGUGCCGGAGACCACCGCAGCCAGUUCAUCCUCAGAGGCCUGUGACUUCCUCAAGGAAGACGGGAGUGAUGAGGUGAUGACCCCUAGUCGACCCAGGACCACAGAAGACCUUUUUGCAGCUAUUCACAGAUCCAAAAGGAAAGUCCUCGGCCGUAGAGAUUCAGAUGAUGACCACUCCCGAAACCAUUCUCCCUCCCCACCCGUGACACCCACCGGCGCUGCCCCGAGCCUGGCCUCUCCAAAGCAAGUGGGAUCGAUUCAGAGAAGCAUCCGAAAGAGCAGCACCAGCAGUGACAAUUUCAAAGCUCUGCUGCUAAAAAAGGGCAGUCGUUCAGACACCAGCGCCCGCAUGUCUGCAGCAGAGAUGCUCAAGAACACAGACCCUAGAUUUCAGAGGUCAAGGUCAGAACCUUCACCAGAUGCCCCCGAGAGCCCGUCAAGCUGUUCCCCAAGCAAAAACAGAAGGGCGCAGGAGGAGUGGGCCAAGAAUGAAGGCUUGAUGCCUCGGAGUCUGUCCUUUUCCGGCCCCAGGUACGGCCGCAGCCGAACACCGCCUUGUGCCGCCAGCAGCAGGUACAGCAUGCGGAACCGGAUCCAGAGCAGCCCCAUGACCGUCAUCUCGGAGGGAGAAGGGGAGGCCGUGGAGCCUGUGGACAGCGUGGCCCACGGGGCUCUGGGCGUUGCGGAGGGAUGUUCCCUGGACGGACUAGCGAGGGAGGAGAGGGACGAGGGCAGCCUGCUCUGUGGGGAGGGGGCUGCCGCCUCUCUGCAGCCCCAGGCCCCUGGCCCCGUGGAUGGGACAGCCAGUGCAGAGGGCAGAGAGCCCUCCCCGCAGUGUGGCGGUUCUCUGAGUGAGGAGAGUUAGGGCCAAGAACGUAACUCUCCCAGGAGACACGGGGGGGAGAUGAGCAAUGCAGCACUCUAGGAAGCCUGCUAGGCGCCCUUCCCUGGCUCACCCGGGGAUCCCACGCUGUUUCUGUGCUGUGGGCCCAGGGUUGCCAGCCCUGCAGUGUGAGUGAAGGGUUAUUUAGGACUCACUUGGCACUUGCCCUGUGGCUUAAGAACAAGUAGAAGCUUAAACUUCUGAAAGUGCUUCCUGGGGAAGAUUUUUUUUUUUUUUUUUUUUUUGCUGAAUGCUGGGUGUGUGUGUGCAUUUUCAACACAUUUUAAUUUUUAAAAAAUACAUGUAUACACAAACAACAUGUACAGAAACAGAAGAAAGCAAGCCAGAGUUAAGCUUGAUAGAGUAACGGAGUUACUCUGGACUAGAUGGUAAUUGCUUUCAGAGCAUUACGUUUAUGGAAAUCAGCGAGUUCCGUAAGAAAGGAGAAGAUGUUACUUCUAAGAAAGAGGCAGUAGAGUUGCUGGAUCUUAAUGCACAGAACACAGAUAUAUGCACACGUGUGCUGCUGAGGUGAGGCAGGUCUGAUGAGCACAGAGAGGCUGGGAAGGGGCUAAGUGACUAAUUGGUUCAGGUACUUUUUUCUAGGGGAGGUAGACUUUGCUUCUUUUUUGUAAAAAUGACAAACAUGUAGAAGUGGCAACGCUGUAACCUGGUGCCUGCUGCUGUGCAGCCACGUACACACAAUUGUAGCCUGAUUUUUAGAAGUGUGGGUAAUUUUUUAAUGAAUUUCCUCCUUGAGUAGCAGCUGAGGUCAUUGACAACUGAAGUGACGGUGUGGACAUACAGAGAGGGGAAGGGUUUUUAGAGGAGUAAAGUGAUACACUGCUGGAAUUUGUUUUCUGCCUAUGAAAUAAAAUUAUUUUUCAGAAUUAAAUUUGAAAACUUGCACUACAGAACUAUGGGUGGGGCUUUUCCUUUUACAACAGUUUUGUUGUUGUUGUUUUUAACCAGAGUUUAAACUUCCAUUAGGCAAUUUCCUGUCACUUGAAAUGUCAACAUCUGCUAACUUUUGGAUAUCCUUUUGGUUACACCAAAGAAAAAGUUAUGGCUAUUUUUUUUUUCCUUGAACUGCCUACAGUAUCAUGUCCUAAUUCAGAAAAAUUUAUCAAAAUCUAUUAUAUAUUAUCUUACUUUGAAGAAAAUGCUGAAUAGCUCUUGUUAGUCAAAUAAACUGAUAAAAAUUGGUAGGGCCUGGCUAUCAGUUAGCCCUGGGAAAUGAAUUUUUAGAUUAAAAAGUUUUUUUUGCAUCAUUUGGUUUGUGCGUUUUUAUAUUUGUUUAUAAAUAAUUGAGUUGCUAAUUAUCUUAUAAUCUUCUCCAGUCAGAUUUUCAACAAUUUUAGACAUGGGACACAAGUGUGCCAAGUCUUUAUUUUAAUGUAAUAAUCUCAUUACCCCCACCCUUACUCCCUUAACUUCCAUGUACUUAGACUUCAUUUGUUAAAUAAGCCAGAGGAUUGUCGUCUUCAUUAGAAGGACCUAGGAUGAUAAUGUGGAGACUGUUGGUCUGAAUCUAGUGCAACUACCACCUGCCAGCUUUUGGGGGGUAUGAAAGUAUCUAAAAGUUGGACUGCACGGGUCAAGUCAUUAUGAGACUUAUAAACUAAAACUUUAGAUAUCCAUUUAGAAAUGUCUUGGAGGCAAAAACAAACCUAAAGAAUGAAGACUCUUUCCCUUCUCUGAAAAAAAACAAAACACUGCUCUUCACACAACCAGAAAUCAAGACCAGAGAUUUGGAGCAAUUGUCUACUAAUUUGGCACAAAGAUCGUUUGUUCUUUAGAAAACUGGCGUUGGCUUUUGAAUAUGAAAUCUUCUCAUAGCUGCCUAAAAAAGACUAGAAUGUAUAUGGAUAUCAGAAACCUUUAAUACAUAAUUUAUGCAAAGAUAAAGCAACAUAACACUAAUUAUAAAACUAUUUUUAGAUCCCCAUUUUUAAUGAAAAAUACACAUUUGUAUUUAAUUUGCUUUGAAUAAAAUAAUUGUAAAGUAAA